AUAAAUCCAUGUAUAAAGUUAAACAGACCUAAUGCGACGCAUUUAUACAGCGGCCUACGUACACAUCAUGUCGAAAAACAAGGGAAAAGGUAAAGCAACGAGCAAAGCCGGCGAGGCAACCACACCGCCAGUCUCCAAUACGCCGGUCACACUAGACAAGAGUGGCAACAUUGCUAUCAAAAUUCUGGCCAAGCCUGGCGCCAAACAGAACGGCAUCACAGACAUUGGACUGGAAGGCGUUGGUGUACAAAUUGCAGCACCACCCACUGAGGGAGAAGCAAACGCCGAACUGGUGAAAUUUCUGUCCAAAGCGUUGGGACUUCGCAAGAGCGAUGUAUCACUAGACAAAGGCUCCCGUUCCCGCAAUAAAAUAAUACUCAUUAGCAAAGGCGUUACCACCGUGGAGGCUAUAGAGCAAUCAUUGCGAAAAGAAUGUGAAUCAUAACCAUAAAUUAACCCGAAAAUGUUUAAAUAAAUGAUCAGCGAAAUAUUUA